UCAAAAUACAAAGCCAAACACUUUUCUUAUUAUCCAAGAUCAUCAAUUAAAGAGACACAAAUCGAUUCAGAAGUAGUAGAAACAAAAAGAUGGGUCGAGCUCCAUGUUGUGACAAGGCUAACGUGAAGAAAGGACCAUGGUCACCCGAGGAGGAUGCUAAGCUCAAGGCUUAUAUCGAUACUUACGGCACUGGUGGCAAUUGGAUUGCUCUUCCCCAGAAAAUUGGGCUCAAGAGAUGUGGAAAGAGUUGCAGAUUGAGGUGGCUUAAUUACUUGAGACCUAAUAUCAAACAUGGUGGAUUCUCUGAAGAAGAAGACAACAUCAUCUGUAGUCUCUACAUAAGUAUUGGCAGCAGGUGGUCCAUAAUAGCAGCUCAGUUACCAGGAAGAACAGAUAACGAUAUAAAAAACUAUUGGAACACUCGACUGAAGAAAAAACUACUGGGAAGGCGCAAGCAAUCCAAUGGUACUAGAAUACUAUCCUCAGCGGCGGCGGCGGCGGCGGCGGUCGACGGAAAAGUUCCGGCGGCUGGUGGGUUAUUGGAAGAUUCUGAGACCUUGAGUAGCUCAGCCAUUGAAAGGCUCCAGCUCCAUAUGCAACUUCAAAGCCUCCAAAACCCUCUCUCUUUUUACAACAAUCCUGCUCUGUGGCCUAAGCUUCAUCCCUACCAACAAAAGAUGAUCCAACAAAGUUUCCAUUCUUUGAAUGUAAACCCUAACCCUAACCCUAACAAUCCUGAGCUGAUAAUAACCCAAAACCCCAUGAUCAUGCAAGUACACAAUAAUCAUCACGUGAUUAGUCCUAAUAAUCAUCAUGAUCACGAGCAGGGUGAUUUUUAUGGCUCAUCGUCUGCUGAUAUGGCUGUUGACGAAGAUAAUCAGAUCAGUGGUGCGAAAGGGUCAUCAGAUCAGACUGGUAAUAUUCAAGCUUUUCAGGCCGAGCUUGAGGGCAUUCUUAAUGGAUCAGCAGCUGAUCAUGGUGGUACAGUUGGUUUCCAUGAUCAAAUGGGUUCUGAUGGGUUCGAUUGUUUCAAGGAUAUGAAUGGUGUGGUCUCCAAGGACAGCUUGCUAUGGUGGUCUAGUGAGUUCGACGCAUCAAAAUCAUCAUCUUCAAACUCAUGGGAGUCUACUUCUGUGGUUCUUGAUCAUCAUCAUCAGUCUAAUAAUGAGAUGUUUCAUGAUCAUCAUUAUGAUCAAAUGAGUUACGGCCUGUGACAAAAUGAGGUUAAUUAAUUUAAUUAACUACUUCUAAGUACUAUAUUGAUAUAGAGGGAUAGAACUUGGGUGAUUUGUUAUGGUCAUAAGAUGAAAAUCAUGAGAUAUAUGUAUUAAGGAGGAAAUAUGGAACAUAUAUAAAUAUGUAUUUAUAUAUAUAUGUAUAAGAGGAGGAGGGGGGGUUUUGUAAAUUAAUGUGUGAAUAAUUAAUAAUGUGGAUGUUUGAUCACCAACUUUGUUUAUUAUAAAGAUCUUAGUGAAUCUGGAUUUUGUCUUUAAA